AUGGCCAAUAUUACACUUGAAGUUCGUAAUUAUUUCAAACUAGAAUUAUUGAUUUCACGUUCAUAUAAUCCACUUCGUAAUUUGUUUAAAACUCGCUAUUCAUUAUUCAACAACGGUCAAACAUGGAUAGAUUCACCAACAUGUGGAAACAAUUAUUUAACAAAUGUUAUUACAAAAAAUAAGAAUAUAAAUAUAACACCUGCACAAAAGACAUCGGUUGCGAAUGGAAACACCAGUGAAUGGGAUAUAUCAACUUUAUGUUCUAUUUUAUUGUUUAGUAGACGUCCACAAACAUUGAAUUCAAAUGAUAUACAGCAACUUGAUCAAGAAGAUAAACUUGUAACACAAUUAAGAGAUACACGAAAUAAAUUAGUUCAUCAUUCAUCAAAAUCAGUUGAUCAUACGGAAUUUAAUCAAUUAUGGAAUGAUAUAUCAACAAUUUUAGUUACAUUUGGUGAAAAUGAAACAGAAUUAGAUAAAUUAAAAGAGGAUAGUAUAUUUGAUUUACCCAGACAAAUAAUAAAUGAAGAAAAUACAAACGAAGCAAAAUAUUUCAAUUCCUUGGGAACAAAAGCUCAUAAAGACGAAAAUUAUUCUGAAGCAAUCGCACUCUUUAUCAAGGCAACAGUCUUACCAGGUGUUUCAGAUCAUGAUCGGGCUGCUUUCUUUUCGAAUAUGGCUGCAAGUCGAUUAGCAUUUUAUAAGCAGCGAUUCUACUCGACUGAUAGCUCUGAUGAUGAUAAUAAAAUAGAGAAAGAAUUAGAUCGUGCUUUAAAAGAUGCCAAACAAGCAAGAAAACUUUGGUAUACUUGGUGGAAAGCGCAUUUUCGUGUUGGACUAAUAUAUGCUGUUUUAGAAGAUCAUGAAAAAGCAAUCAAUUCAUUUGAACGAGCAUUGGCACUCGAUCCGUCAAGAAAUGAGAUACAACAACCAUUAGCUGAAAGUCGUAUAAUUGUUCAUCGAAACUCACGACAAGAAUAUACUGAUCUACAAGCGGAUUGGAAACCAAUUCAUGAACGUUUAAAUGAACUAAAAGAGAAGUACGGUAUAGAUCCAGAACAGAGGAGACAGUUUGACAACUUACGCGCGUUAUUGGAUCCAUCAGAAGCUGAUGUAUUAAAAGGACAUAAAUUUUCACUUGGAGAUAUUGAUGUUAUACAAGAUUAUGAACAAGCUGCAAAAUAUUUUGCCAAAGCAGCAAAUGCGGGCAAUGCUGAAGGAAUGUAUAAUUUAGCUCGUUUAUUGGAUAAAGGUCUCGGUAUAAAAAAAGAUCAUAAUUUGGCUCGUCAAUGGCUUGAAAAAGCAGCGGCACAACCAACACAACAUCCAAUCAUAACAGGAAUGUCAAAUGGUUGUGUAGCUGAAGCUGAGCAUGCUUUAGGAGUAAGAUAUUAUGAAGGUAUCAGUGUUUGUAAAGAUUUUUCAUUGGCUGUCUAUUGGUAUCAACGUGCUGUUGAUCAUGGUAGUGCAAUGGCUGCCAAUAAUUUAGGUUGUAUGUAUUUAGAUGGUAUCGGAGUUAGUAAGGAUCUCCAAAAAGCUGAAGAGUUGCAUGAAUUAGGAGCAAAACGAGGUAAUGCAGUUGCUAUGAUGACUUUAGCAGAGAUUCUAUUAGGUAAAAAUGACUUUCAAAUGGCAAGAAUUUGGUACGAUCGUGCAUGCGAAUCAGGGAAUAUUAUUGCUCAACGAGAUCGUGCUAAAUUUAUGAAAAUGCUGGAAAACCGCCAGCAAUGUUCACCUGAUAUUCAAGAAGCAAUAAGUAAAGCAACGAAUUACUGUUUGUUAUCUCAAAGUAAAAUUUCUGCAUCAGUAGCAUCUGAACACCACUAUUUGAGAGAUUAUAAUAUGUUAUGUGAACAUGCCAAUCUCGGUUCAAUAACAGCUAAAAAUCUUUGUACUGCGUUAGAACAUUAUGCACCAGCGUUAAAUUUACUCUUGUCUUUUGAAACUUUUGCAGAAGAACAAGAAAACGUUUUUGUUCACGAACUUUCACAAUGUUAUCGUAUCGAAACUAUUGUAGCUCAGAUUCCAGGUAAUAUGCAUAAAAAAGUCAGCAACAUCAUUGAUCGAGUAUUACGUCGAUGUACUCAAGAAUCGACUUCUUCAGUUUCACAGCUCGAUGAAGACGUCCGAGUAUGUUAUGCAACAUUGAAUUUGAAUUCAUAUGACUUAAUUGAACAAUUUCUUGAAACAUGCAAACAAAAAUAUCCAAGAUCAGUCCAUUUCUUCCUUUUAAGUGGUACAGUGCAUGGAUUCAAACGCCAGCCUGACGCGGGCCUAUUUAACAUAAAUAGUGGACUUGAAAUAGAGCCUAGCAAUUAUGAACUCCUGUAUCAUAAAGCUGUUCUAUUGCGUCAUAUACGCAAAGAUAUGAAUGAAGCAAUCAAAGCUUAUCAACAAUUUAUCACAAUUGCUCCAAAAGACCAUCGAAAAAUUCCUGAAGCGUAUUAUGAAAUGGCUAUCUGUUAUAUGACAGAUUCUCAUACACCCGAGGUUAUGAUGCAGUGGAUUCACAAACAAUACAAAGAAGGUAAAGAGGCAGAAAGACUGCAAUUACCAUGUUUUCUGCCUUAUAAAUCAGAGCAUCUGCCAUUUAUACAACCAUUUAUUGAUAUGACGGAACCCGAGUCCAAUGUAAAACCAACUCCCAUAAAGAAUCGUACACAACAUCUCACUGAUCCUGAGAGAGUAAAACUCAUUCUAAAACAUCGUAUGUGGGAGAAAACAACAUUAGAUGAAAAACAGAAUUCAGCUUAUAAGAGUUUUUCGACUACUGUUAAACCUCGAGUUCAACAACACACAGACAAAUCGUUAAUUGGUUUGAAGUCAAUUACAUUACGAGAAAUGAAUCCAAGAAAAGAUCAUGUUUAUACUGGAUACGUACUUUCUGUAACGAUUAUUGAAGAGGCAUUAUCGUGGAAUCCGUCGAUUCAUUUAGUUAUCGAAGAUGAAAAUUUUGAUUGUCAACGAAUGCUUAUUUAUGAAAUUUCAGACGAAGAAGGUGAACAAUUAACCAGUAAAUUGUACACGAUUGGGAAAAAAAUUCAUGUUAUCAAUCCAUAUUUACGAAUAGGAAAACUUGAUAUGAAACCAUCGAUUCGUGUUGAUGAUAUUUCAUCGAUUGUAAUGCAAAGUAAAUCUGAAUGGAUAUUAAACAUGUGCCGAUAUUGUUGUGAAGCAAAUGCAUUAAAAUUUUGUGGACAAUGCAGACAAGCUCGUUAUUGUUCGAAAGAAUGUCAAACUUCAGAUUGGAAAUUAUAUAAACAUAAACUUAUUUGUAAAAAUAAAUAA